AUGGCUGACGUGGACCCUCAGGCUUUGGCUAGAAUUCUCUACUAUGCUCAAGAAAAAUACUUCAACCACGUUAUUCAUGUGACAAAUACUGAGCUGUCAAAAAAUGUUCAUGAUCCAGUGUUGCUGUUUUUCAAGGGGUUUGGAACCUUGCUUCUUGGCCGAAUCCAAGAAGGUAUCGCACUACUUGAGAAUGCCCGGAAGCGCCAUGUUGAUGUUUCCUUAUGCUGCCUCCUAGGUCUCAUUUAUGCACACAAAAGAUGUGAAAAUGUUGAUUCUACUGCUGUCUUGGACUUUGAAACCAAAUUAAAGGAUAUGCGGAAGACUGCUGGAAGCAAUGCAUUGUAUUAUGCUGGAAUGUUUCUGUGGCUAAUGAAUAGAAAUGAUAAAGCGAAGGAGUAUGUUGACAAAAUGCUGAAAGUUUCUAAUGGUGCAAGAGAGGGACUUGUUCUGAAAGGAUGGAUUUAUGUUACAUCUGACAAACAGCAUGCUGUCAAGAAGUCUAUCAAGUACCUGGAUGAAGGGAUUCAAGAUAAUACAGAUAUAUUUGGAAUGAUGGGAAAGGCAAAAUAUUUCAUGGCUCAACAGAAUUAUUCAGGGGCCCUGGGAAUAGUUAGCCAGUUAGUGGUUUCUUUCCCGUUCUUUAUGCCAGCCAUUGUCACCAAGAUGAGGCUGCAUUUAGCCUUGCAAGAUUGGGAGCAAAGUGUAGAAGAAAGUAAAAGAAUCCUAAGCAAGGAACCAAACGAUAUAGAUGGACUGCAGUAUAUGGUUGUAAAUCAUCUCACUAUGACUGGGAACAAGAGUUUGGCAUUGCAUUUCCUUAGAGAAUUUAUUGGUGCUUUGGAGCUGAAAGAGCCUCAAAGGCCAGAAUUUCACUUUCAAAAAAUGAUGGUGAUCAGUAGACUGUCUGGGAAAAAUCAAGAAAUCCUUCAAGAAGUGUAUGAGUUUACAAGAAACUCAGGUAGUAACCUGAUAUCCACUGAUGCACGUAUUGCGAAUGAGUUAGGAUAUCAGCUAAUCCUUCAGGGGAACUGGAAGGAGGCUUCUGUAUGGUAUAGAAAAGCCAUAGAGCUGGAUGAAAACACUGUAGAUUCACUGACAGGGAUUAUAUGGUGCCAGGUGCUUGGAGGGAAACUAGAAGAAGCAGAGCAGCAACUGGAGUUCCUAAAAGAAGUCCAGCAGUCCAUUGGAAAAUCUUCAGCCCUAGCUUAUCUUCAGGCUGUAAUUGCUUCCAGGAAAAACAAGAAUGAGCAGAUUGCCACCACCCUUCUCAACGAAGCUGCAGAACUCCAUUUUUCUGCUUUGCAUGGACUGCCUUUAAGCACUGAAUAUUAUGAAAAACUCAACCCUAUGUUUUUGAUUGCAAUUGUGAAAGAGUAUUUGGUCUUCUGUCCCAAACAGCCUCGGUUACCUGGUCAGGUUUUAUCUUCUCUUCUCAAGCAAGCAACUAUACUUUUGAAUCCACUUGUGAAAGCAGCUCCUGGGAUGAUAGAACCUCUUUUUCUAAUGGCACAGGUUAAAUAUUUAUCAGGAGAACUAGAAACUGCCCAGGGUACCCUGCAGCGUUGUUUAGAGUUGGACCCAACAUCGACAGAUGCCAAUCUUCUUAUGGCCCAGAUCCACCUCUCUCAAGGAAACAUCAAAGAAUGUGCCCAUUCGCUAGAAAUAGGUGUCAGCUACAACUUUCAACUCCGUGAUUCUCCAUUGUAUCACUUCAUCAAGGCUAGAGCACUGAAUAAAGCUGGGGAAUAUCCUGAAGCCAUCAAAGUCUUAAAAAUGCUUAUCAAUUUACCUCAAAUGAAAGGGGAAAUUAAGAAGGGCCUGGGGCCGCAUAUAACGACAAGUGAACAAGUCUCCAUCUACUUGGAACUUGCUGAAGCUCUUCGACUCAAUGGGGAACUGCAUGAAGCUACUAAGAUAAUGCAAGAUACGAUUAAUGAAUUUAGUGGGACACCAGAGGAAAUCCGUGUCAUGGUUGCAAAUGUAGAUUUAGCUCUCAGUAAAGGGGAAGUGGACUUAGCUUUAACUAUGCUGAGGAACAUCACACCAAACCAGCCCUAUUAUACUGAAGUUAAAGAAAAGAUGGCUCAGAUUUACCUUCAGAUCCGAAAGGAUAAGAGAUUGUACAUUGGAUGCUACUGUGAGCUCUGUGAGAAUUUGCCAAGUCCUCAUACAAGCCUUCUCUUGGGUGAUGCCUACAUGAAUAUUCAAGAGCCUGAAAAAGCAUUGGAAGUUUUUGAAGCAGCUCAGAAGAAGAAUCCCUUGGACGCAACGGUGGCAAGGAAAAUUGGUCAAGCAUAUGUGUACACCCAUCAAUAUAACAAGGCUAUCAAUUACUAUGAAGUUGCUCUCAAGAUGAGUGAGCAGGACUUCUUGUGUCAUGAUCUUGCCGAUCUCCUCUUAAAGCUCAAAAAGUUUGGCAAAGCAGAAAAAGUUCUAAACCAAGCACUAGACCAUGACCCUGUUGACGAUCUGCCCUCAAUGAUGAAGGAUGCUAAGAAUCUGAUGUUAUUAGCAAAAGUUUAUGAGACAACUAAAAGAGAAGUUGUUCUAGAAACCCUGAACAAGGCAUACGACAUCCAGCAAAGGAUACUGAAGCGAGUCCGCGUAGAACAGCCUGAACUGAUCCCUCCUCAGAGACAAGUGGCACUGAUGAUCUGUGUACAAUUUGCAGAGUUCUACCGAGCAGAGAAGGAGUAUGAAAAAGCCGUAAAGUACUACACAGAAGCCCUGUCCUGCAUUCCAACUGAUAGUAAAAUAAUAUUAGAAUUAGCUCGCCUGUAUUUGAUGCAAGGAGAUACAGAUCAAUGUGAGCAUUAUUGCACUCUCCUGCUUCAAGAUGAUGACACCAGUGAAAUUGGAACAAUGAUGAUGGCUAACCUUAUGUUUCGAAAAGAGAAGUAUGAACAAGCUAUAAGUCUAUAUCGAAAUGUUUUGGAGAAAACGCCAGAUAACUUCUCAGUCAUGGAGAGCUUGAUUGAUCUGCUGAGAAGAAGUGGGAAGCUUGAGGAAGCUGUACCAUUUUUUGAACUGGCCAAGAAAAAAACAACUCGCACACCUUUGGAGCCUGGCUAUAACUACUGCAUGGGACUUUAUUGUUGGCACAUGAUGCAGCCCAAUCAGGCCUUGAAGUUCUUCAACAAAGCUCGUAAGGAUAGUGACUGGGGUCAGAAAGCCCUGAGCUAUAUGAUUCAGAUAUGCCUAAAUCCUGACAAUGAGAUAGUAGGCGGAGAGUCAUUUGAGAACCAAAAUACUGUGGAUGCAAGUGAUAUAAAGGAAAAGAGAGAAUCUGAACAACAUGGGAUACGUACAGCUGAGAAGCUUCUCAAGGAGUUUUACCCUCACUCGCAGGAAGGCCAGAAUCAAGUGGAGAUGUUGCAGAGCUACUGUUUAAUGGCCACAAAAGAGAGACAUAAUGUGGAGAAGGCCCUGAAAGUAUUUACAGAAAUGGGCCAAAAUGAGAGAGACAAUGUUCCAGCCAUUUUGGCAAUGGCUCAAGCAUACAUGAUUCUUAAACACACAGCCAAAGCCAGGACCCAGCUGAAGCGCUUGACUAAAGUGAACUGGUCUUUGACAGAUGCUGAAGAGUUAGAAAAAGCUUGGAUUCUGUUGUCAGAUAUCUACUGCACAGCUGGGAAGUAUGACCUUGCAACUGAGCAGGUGAAGCGCUGCUUACGGUACAAUAAGUCAUGUGCUAAAGCCUAUGAAUGUUUGGGAUUUAUCGCAGAAAAGGAAAAUGCUUACAAAGAUGCUGCAACUAACUACGAAUUAGCUUGGCAAUAUAGUCACCAAGCAAAUCCUGCUGUUGGAUUUAAACUUGCUUUCAACUAUUUAAAAGAUCGGAGAUAUGUAGAAGCAAUAGAUGUAUGCCAUGAAGUUCUGAAGGCAUGCCCAGAUUAUCCAAAAAUUAGAGAAGAAAUUUUGGAAAAGGCCCAAGCAGCAAUUAAACCGUAG